AUGUCGGAGGCGUACGAGAGGGUGAGAGGCGGAAGGCUGGCCUUCAAGGGCGGCGAGCUGGCCACCCGCGACAAGGCCAUCGACAAGAAGAAGAAGAAAAAGAAGAACAAGAAUAAGCUCCCAGAGGACGACGUCCCCGCCGGCGACCCGAGCAUCACUGUUGUCGAACAGGGUUCUGGUGAGGGAGACGUGUACACCAUCGACGCCGCGAAGAAGAUGAAGUACGAGGAGCUUUUCCCCGUGGAGACCAGGAAAUUCGGGUACGACCCGAACGCGAAGGCGAAGUCCGUCGAGGAAGCCCUAGACGACCGGGUCAAGAAGAAGGCCGACCGCUACUGUAAAUAA